GGCGAAACGAAGUCGAAUAAUCGCGCUACGACCGCGCGAGCUCUAGGACACUCGUGGUAUUCCGCGGCACUUCGUACUCGCUCGGCUCUCCACGCCGCCCGCGCCCCGCGGUCGGCAGUCGCAGGCUAUCACGCGCCGAUUACGCGUCGUUUUCGCGAAUAAUUAAUAUCUUCCGUGUCCCACACCUCUUCUUCUGUGCUGAUGAUUGUUAUUAGUUAGAACUUUAGAUUAAUAAAGUGAAUACAACCAUCACAGUGGCUGCCCAACUCGUGGCUUCGAAUUCACCUUGAGAUUUUCGAGAAGUUUCGUCGCGAGUGCCGCGAUAGACUUACCUAUAACCUAUGUUUCGAUACGUGAAAACAACAUAAGUUACGUGACGAACUGUUACCAUGCCGAUGGAACUACGGAACGCGAAAGUACUACCGACUGAAGAUAUUAUGAGCGACGACACGAGCGAGCCUGAAUACUACGACCAGGCGGAGCCGCGCGCCAUGAGCGCCCCCGCCCCCGUCCCCGCCGGAGCGCCUGGCGGCGCCGGCGGCGCUUCUACGAGUGCGACCACGGAGACCGUGUUAGCCGGUUUCAUGGAGUCCUUCGUCAGAAUGCAAGCGGAAACCAACAGAACCCUAGUGGAAACCCUGAGGGCUUUCAGCGACUGCUCCAGGAACCCACCGACAUCGACGCCAACGCCCGACAUCCGUCCGCCUAGCGCCUACUCGUCCGCGGUCACCGGCAACUUCGCCAAGUGCACUGCACGUUUUGACGGGAGGUCGCGCGACGCGGAGGUACUGGAGGCGUUCAUCGACGCAGUGCAGGUGUACAAGGAGUGCGCGGGCGUCAGCGACGAGCACGCGCUGCGCGGCCUGCCCAUACUGCUGGAGGGCGACGCGGCCGUGUGGUGGCGCGGCGCUCGCGCCAGCGUGCACACCUGGCCGGACGCCGUGGCGCGACUUCGCGCCAUGUACGGCAUGCAGCAGCCGCCAUACAAAGUACUACGUGAGAUCGUCAACACGGAACAGAAAGACUCUGAACGUGCAGAAGUGUUUGUGUGUAAAGUGCGGUCUAUGUUUGCUAAAUUACCAUACGCAGUGCCGAUGUGUAUGCAAUUAGAUCUAAUUUACGGCCUUUUACAUCGACGUGUGAGAAAGCGACUACCUAGAGGUGAUGUUAACGAUAUUGAUAUUGUGAUAGAAAAGGUAAGGGCCAUAGAAGAUUCUAUUGUCGAAUUAAAUCUUAGUACGUACGCCGCGAACCCGAUCAUUUCUACGACGAAAUCGGCAAGUCAAAACUUGUCGCGAUCAUCGCACGCCGCGCCGCGCGACCGGGGUCAUCAACUUGAGUCAGAGAGCUUGAGUUCUGAC